AUGGUUGAAAUUGAAAUGAAUCGCAUAUUAGAUCAUGAAACCAGAAGGAGUUCAUUUCAACGCGUGGAAGAAGACGGGGUAUCUGAGGAUACCCCACUUAUAAAUAGAUUCCCAAGUUCACAUCGCAGGGAGAGAUACGUAUCUACCAUCAUCACUGUGGGAUUCCUACUUGGGAUUCUAUUAACUGGAUUUAUUAUUGGAGUAUAUUUACUUGUUCUCCAAAGUAAUUCAGAUAAUAUAUUGCCGCCAAUAGAGGAUCCGAUUCCCCUCCUCGGUCAAGGUCUCGAAGCGUUUCCGCCUCUUGAAGCAAAACAUGUGGUCAUCCUGCAAACUGAUACAAGACAGUGUGCUAACCGCACUGAUUGUAUAGAUUUACUGAUGAAUGAUUCGCAAAUGGCAAACCAAACACUUCUAUACAAUUACUUAGUGUCGACUAAUGGUUUGGUGUUUGAAGCACUUGGAUGGAAGAAAUCAACUUUGUAUGCCGAGCUUUCGCCUAUGAUCUUGGCGUUUAUAGGUAAUUUUGAAGUGGUGGCGCCAUCUGAUCUUCAAAUCGCGGCAGCAAAAAGCGUGAUUACAAAUGGAGUCGAUAAUCACCGUUUGAACACAACAUUUAUUAUUGUCGGGAAAACAAUUAAGUAUCCCCCAAAUAAAUUGUUUGAAGCUCUCUCAAAAUUACCACAAUGGCGAUUGACCUAUAAUUAA